AUGCGUAAGAAUCUUGCUUUGUGGAACUCGUCAAUUCAAAAGUUCAAGAAGAUUCCUCUCCCAACCUUUGAGAUUGAGCAGCAGCGAUCCUUAUUUGGGGUGACCCCUGAAUAUGGAUUCGGGUACGAUUCAGCUAAUCACGAUUAUAAAAUUUUGGCAAUUUUGAAUUUUAAUAGGAGGGAUGAUGCUUAUGUCCCUGUGAGUUCUCAAGUUAGUAUUUAUAGCCUAAAAUUCAACUCAUGGAAAAAGAUCCCGGAAUUGCCUUGCGAUGGUUUCUAUGUGCAGACGGGGGAUGUGGUGUUUUUGAACGGUGCUAUGAGUUGUUUGAUGCGGAAAUCAGAUUCAGAUAAAAAUCGAUGCAAAAUUAUAGCCCUUGAUCUUGCCAGCGAGAAGUAUAUAAAUGAAGAAGAUGAUGCAGAAAGAGAGAGAGAUGGAGAGAGCAGAGAAUAUGACUCUGCAAAUGUUUCUUCACUGUUUCAUUCCACCAAGAGUGAGAGAAGAAAAAGGUCUCUCUCCUCUUAA